AAAAAAAAUACAAAACAUAUUAAACCAAACCUUGAUCGGUUUUUAUUAUGCCUUUAAACCGAAAUCAAACUGAUUAAACCAAGGCUUGUUUUGGUUCGGAAGAAAUGCCCUAGUCCCCGAGCUCUAUAUAAUGGAAAUGAAGUCUCUCCGCACGAUCAGCAAUACAACAAUAUAACGAAAUGAAUAGAGAAAAAAAUUUAGAUUCCAUUCCAAUUGAUCUCUUUCUUGAGAUCUUCUCGAGAUUGCCUACAUAUUCAGUCGGGAGAUCCCGUUGCGUUUCGAAGCAAUGGGCGUCAAUACUUGGCCGUCAAAAUUUCACCGAAUUGUUCUUGACCAAGUCCUCGACUCGUCCACGUCUCUUAUUCGCCCUCCAACCAUACCACGGUGGUGAAUGGCUCCUCUACUCGUUGCUUCAGCCGCAGAAUCCAUAUGAGAAGUCUAUUGAAGUAACCGCAGAUUUUCAUACCAUGUUUCCUAGAAGCCCAUAUGAUUGUAUAUAUUCCUCUGGUUUGUUAUGUUUUCCUGCUGUGUGGAUUUCAAAAAAUAAGGGUGAUGAUGCAGCACCUGUGAUAUGUAACCCUAGCACGGGACACUAUUCGAUCUUACCUAAACUGAGAAUGGACAAAAAGACAAGAAGCUUUUUAGGGUUUGAUCCGAUUGAGAAGCAGUUCAAGGUGUUGUUCAUGAUGGGUAUUGUUGGUAGUGAGAGGGUUAAUCUUAUUAUGACAUUAGGAACUGGAAAGUUAAGGUGGAGGAAUAUCCAAUGUCCUUUUACCCUUAAUCCCUUUCGGUUGUGUGAAGGGAUAUGUAUCAAUGGGGUUUUGUAUUACUUAGCUAAACAUAUUGAUGAACGAAAUCAGAAAUGUUAUGUGAUAGUUUGCUUUGAUGUUAGGUAUGAGAAAUCUAAGUUCCUAGACUCAGUCUGCUUGUUUGAUCAAUUGAUAAACUAUAAGGGGAAAUUAGGUGGAUUUUAUUUGAACUAUGCUUCUAGUGAUGGAUUUCCCCUUAAGUUGACUAUGUGGAUUCUAGAGGAUGUCGAGAAACAAGAAUGGUCCAAAUAUGUCUACACUGUGUGGGAUGAGAGUAAAACUGUUAAGGUUGACCACAAGCUUUCUGUUGUUGGGAUGACUGCUAGAGGUGAUAUUGUUUUGGCGGAGAAGGAUACAUCUAAUCUAUUAUAUGUUUUCUACUUCAAUCCCGAAAGGAACACUCUCCAAAGUGUUAAAAUCACAGGUUUUGAGUAUCAUGGUAAAGUUUCCGUAUUUUUAGACCAUGUAGAGGAUCUUAAUGUUAACGAUACAAAGAUAUUAAAGUCAAGCGUCUAUGCCCCUCUGCAACAAGAUCGUCCUACGUUUGAGAGCAGUAACAAAUUUGAUGCUUUGUGUCUUUCAGAUGAUGAUGAUUAAUUUAACAGGUUUCAAAACCUGGUUGCUUCCCGAGUGAGCUAAAAGCUCUUUAUUUGAUACAAGUUGUAUUCUCCCUGUAAACAUCAACUUAUUAUCUAAUUAAUAUUUUUAUUUAUUUAA